AUGAAAUCCGCCUUAUGCUUUCCGAUAUUAACUACGCUUAUAUGUCUAGUGUGUGCAUUCUGGAUGCUCUAUACCACCAUUGUCAAGUUCACCUAUCUCAGAAUGACAUGUCUAAUGUUGAUCGUAUCGACGUUGGUGCUCUGUGCUAUAAACUUUCUUCGUCAUGUGUAUUCGGAAUUUACCGCGUCCUACUACUGCUUCUUCUACGAAUUAUUGUCUGCUAUGCACAUAACGAUUAUAUGUUGUGGUCUGUUGAUAACCGGUCAGAAGCUUUAUCCACCUUCCCCGUUAAAAUCUCCUGAAACUGUAAACAAAGAAAUUGAAGAGAGUCAAGAAAAUGGUGAUGUUGACAUAGAACUGAUGGAUAUUUCAAAGCACACCAAUGGUGCGACCUCUACAUCUGGUCCUGUAAAGAAUUCAAGAUCGAAUUGUUUACUUAAUUUGUCGACGCCCUUUAUCCAUCCAACGUUAACUACUAUGCCCAACAGCAAAAGUGUAAACAAUAGCGGUCAGAUCAGAUUUUCACAGAAUAGGAGGAAUCCAUUAUUUUCCAUAACCAUUUUACUUAUCAUCAUUCUGAAUGCGAUCUAUGUCACAAUCUCAAUUUUGAUAUUCAAAAACUUGAAUGGAAAAGUGCCCGGUAAUAUGGAUGCGACUGGUGAUGAUAAUGAAACAGAAAAGGUGCUAUUUAACAACUACCUAACAUUAAAUGUUUACGUUAUACAAGGUUCAAUGGCAUUGGUGACGAACACAUGCGCUUUUUUUUACACUUUCACUCCGGUGAUAUCAUUACGCUUCAGAAAGCGUCGCCAAAUCAGAGAGAACGUGUCAUUUCUGAAGAGAAAAAUGAGGGCAAACAAUAGAAAUGGAUUUAUUAAGGAAAAUAACAAAAUCCCGUCCACUGCCACCGAUGACGUUAUUCCAGAGAACAUCACUCGUGAUUUUCAUGAUAUCACACAAAACUAUCACAAUUCUCUAUUCACCACCAAUUCCCACAUAAAUCCUCAUAAUAAUGCGGUAGGCACUUGGUAUCUAUCAUUAAUAGGCUUACUCUUGGUCGUGCACAUAUCAUUCUACACGACACUGUAUCUAUGGGAGAUGCCUUUGAUAAAUUCGAUAGAAUGCAUAUUGAGACUGAUGGUGGCUCUUGUUUACGGAAUGCCACCGCCAAGGAGUGCUUUGCGAUUUUUCAUGAUACAUUGUCAAAAAGAGAACAUCAUAUCUACUGACACUUUGAAGGAUGAGUGCGAAAAAGAUUUUAUGAAUACGGAACGAGACGUAAGGCCUAAGAAAAAUUUUAAGAGAGAUGAGAAUGACAUUCGUGACGACCACGACAACGAAGUUCAUGAAAUCAACGGUGAAAAUUCGUCAAGGGAUAAUCCACUUUCAUCAAGUUCUAGGUGGGAUGAGAUUAUGUUUCGGUGA